AGUUCACACAAGCACGCAUAUUGAGAGAGGGCCUCUAUCUUCACCGGGCCGUAAUGAAUGAUGGGAUAUGCAGCGUCGCGAUGGUCCUCCAAAUCACCGACUGGAGGAGCCAACGAAGUGGCGUGAGAUAACCUCGUCGCAGCUGAAGUGACGCCAUUGGUUGACGCCUCUUCAGAAAUGUGAAGCAGCUCCAGCUACUGUCUUCAUAAAGGAAGCUGUCACUCCCGCGGUUCGCGUCGUUGCUUCGUCGCUUGAAUAGAAACCCAGUUAGAAAAUGGCAACGGACGAGCUUUCUUCCAAGCUUAGCCGCCGGCUCCUGAUCGAAGAAGGAGCCGAGGAUCCUGUUGCUGUGGACGUCCAGAACGCGUCGGAGGAGAAACCAAGUAGUGUGAACGCGGACUCUGAGCUGGGCGCUAAGCUGGUGAGGCGAGGCGAGCUGAACGAAGGGCUGGGUGAGCAGCACCAGCCCAGCCUCAAGGUGUUCAACCCCUACACCGAGUUCAAAGAGUUCUCCCGGAACCAGAUAAAAGACAUGGAGAAGUUGUUCAAAACGCAUGAUGCUGGGAAAGACAACUACAUCGACCUGAUGGAACUGAAGCUGAUGAUGGAGAAGCUCGGAGCUCCACAGACACACAUUGGUUUGAAGAACAUGAUCAAGGAGGUGGAUGAGGACCUGGACAACAAAUUGAGCUUCAGAGAGUUCUUGCUCAUCUUCAGGAAGGCAGCAGCAGGAGAACUGGCAGAGGACAGUGGCCUCGGUGUCCUCACUCGCCUCUCUGAAAUUGAUGUCUCUACAGAGGGGGUCAAAGGAGCUAAGACUUUCUUUGAAGCCAAGGUCCAGGCCAUCAAUGAGUCCAACCGGUUCGAAGCUGAGAUCCGCCAAGAGCAGGAGGAAAAGAAGAAGCAGGUUGAGGAGCAGAAACAGAGACGUACUGCCUUCAAAGAACUCCGCUCAGCCUUCAAGUGAGCUCCUCUCUUCCCCCCUGUUCAACCGACUGGCUACAAAAGUCUGCACUGCUUUCUGAUGAAUCUGCUCAGUAACCCACACACAUUCUGAAACAUUAACAACAUAAGAUUAGUAAAUCCUAGAUGUUCACACAUCAAAACACUACUUGAUGUGGACGUAACCAACUGUAGCUGAAAUCUGUCCUGUUUUUAUGUAAACUGGUGAUAAGUGCACUUAGCUUGGCUACCGUGUAUGCCGUUUCUUUUUUAGAGCUUUAUUUGACUCAAUCCAGAACUCUGUAAAACCACAAUGGAUCUGAAGCCAUCUUUCAAAGGGCUACAUUUUUACAGUCCUCUUUGAAAUGGUAUAAGAUAGUGUUGGGUUGGUAUGGAGUAGAUUUUGGUAUUGGCUGUGGAGCUGUUCAUUCUUAAGCACCACCAUGAUUUGUAUUGACCCUCUCUAACAUUACAUUUAAAAAAAAAAAAAACGGUUUCCGCUUAU